AAUAACCAGAACUGUCAAAAGUCCCUUUCAUUCUUUCGCGAGUGUUCCUUGCAAAUCAACACACGCUUCUUUCGCCGAGUGACGAAAUUUCAAAAAUAUUUCUCACGCACCAAGUCACACGACUUUUUUUUUUCGUCCCCCGUCUGCAGUCACCAAAAAGGUAAACAAAUGGGCAACUCCGUAAGUGCCAGUCCGGUGGCCGCUCUGCCGGCUUCCGUCGAGGUGCCCCCACCGCAGAGCGGAACCGACGCCAAGAAGGAGAAGCCCAAGUGCAAGGCGUGCUGUGCCUGUCCGGAGACGAAGCGGGAACGUGACGCUUGCAUCAUGGAGCGAGGAGAGGAAAACUGCGGCCCGCUGAUUGAGAAGCACAAACAGUGCAUGCGAGACAUGGGAUUCAAUAUUUAAGGAAGUUGACCAGUGGGACAACUGAAGAGAGCUGAGUCAUCAUUAAUCAUUAGUUUUUGCUAAGCAAAUUGGGAGUUUCAUCAUGUUUUCUGUAACGCGGAAAUUCGUUUCAUGACUGAGUGUAAAUAAGUGGCCAGAUAGAGCGAGAGAGAGUGCGUGAGGAUCGCGGUUUUAAUUUAUUAUAAUUUUUGAGCGAUUGAGGAAGAAGAGUGUACUUAAAUUUUUCGGUCAUAAAAUAAAAAAGUUUGAGUACCACAAGGCGAAAAA